AUGUUUACACUUACGGUUCUUUGUAUUGCAGUUAACGCCAACGGUAAUAAAAUCAUCUCUGGACCAUUUAUGCAACUCGAUAAACCAGAAACAACACGACUAUUAGUCACCAAGCACUACUCACAUUAUCUACCGUGCUACGCCAGCAUCGAGAAGAACUACUACUAUCUUAGCAACGAUACAAAUUACUUUUACACCUGGUAUCGCAAUGACCAAAUUGUGGAGGCCCACAGCGGACGGAACGAGUUCAAAAUCUAUCGCAAUGGCACGUUACGUCUACCGCCCACUGAGCGCGCCGCUGGCGCUUAUCGCUGCAAAAUCAACGUCAACACUACGGCCAUACUUUCGGUGCUCAUCACCGUGGAAUAUCCGGUACUCAAACGCGUAACGGCUUCUACAAACAUUACCGCUGGGGCGGGUCAACCUCUCGUACUCGAAUGCCCUGUCGUAAGUGUGCCACCAGCAAAUAUUAGCUGGUUCUAUGGAAAAGUACCGUUAUCAAAGCAAUUCAAAGACAACAGGUAUUUAAUACUUGCCAAUGGCACACUGGUGUUACGGAAAUUGACUCUGGACGCAGCGGGGCGUUAUAAAUGCUUAGCACAGAAUCAGUUCGCCUCCAAAACGCUGUUCAGGUGGGCUUUCAAUGUGUUCGAUGAUCCCAUACCCACUAGCCAAAAUGAGCUCUUACCCAGUCUACAGAAUGAGACGCAGUACGUUCCAACGGGUGGCAGUUGUCUGUUACAUUGUUACAAUCAGAUCGACGGACCGCUGAUUGAGUGGUGGUAUCGCAGCACAUUGAAUAAUGCGGCGCUGAAGAUCAGUAAUCACAGUAAUGAAAUUGUUAUAGAGAACGCAAGCCAGUUGAAUCAAGGUUACUACAGCUGCAUAAGUGGACAAAGUAAUCAGACUUUUCAUGUGAUCGUUACCGCACCGCCGGUGAUCGUCGAGCCGCUUAUCUCGUACGAAAUACUGAUAACAGCUUCUUUGCAAUUUCGUUGCAACGCCACCGGCAAUCCCCGGCCGGUAAUAAGCUGGUAUCACAAUGGGGUUCCUCUCAAAAGUUCCUACACACGCUACAUUGUUGGCAAUGAACUGCAUUUACACUCCUUCGAUCCAAUUGAGGCGGGCAUUUAUCAAUGCUUUGCACGAAAUAUCGCCGGAGAGGUGUACAGUGCGGGCGAGUUGCGUUUCCGCAACAAAGACGAUGGUUUGCUGCUGAAGAAUCCACUGCAGAAUAUACGCUGCUAUGCGCUCAGCUUUAAUACGAUCAAUGUGACUUUUGAGAGCAACUUUUUUGAGUCGCUCUUCAUUGUGCACAUUGUGCAGAAUAAUCCGCAUCGUUGGAUCUCCCCAUUCGCACCGAUGAAACUAAAUCAUACCUCACAUUUGGUCAUCUCAAGUCACCUACCCGUUUACCGUCCCUUUGAGCUGAUCACACGCGUACUAGUGCCGACAUCGGAGAUACGCUUGGCCAACAAGACGCAACAACAGACAAUACUCAGCUCAUUAAGAAGCCCACCGGUGACAUGCUGCACGCAAGGCUUACUCUUACAUUUGGUACAUAUGGGCAAUGAUACGUUUGUCACUUGGUCACAGCCGGAAUUGAAGGGCAAGAAGUAUUUUAUACUCCAAUUCUCCGGCAAUCACACACAACCGCAUCCGCAGCAAUUGCUUAGUCAGCAUCUACGUGGCACUGUGCAGCACGUGGACCUCGCGCAGGAGGAUGUCGCUCAGAAGCUCUGUGAUAUUGAAGCGCUCAAUGAAGCACAGACGCGUGCGGUCUUGAGGAGCGCUCAGGCAGGUUAUAUUGAUAACAACAGUCAUGUGGAGUUGGAGGAAGAAAUUUUCAGUUUGGUAGUUUUGUCCAAUGUAACGGGUGUUUUGUUGGAAAAUUUCAAUCGCAUAAAAUUACGUGUCCUAAUUAUCACGCGUGAAAAUGAACAUCUAAAGCAGGACUUUCGCUAUGUUCAGUGGAAAACGAUCGAGAACGACACCAACGAGCUAGCCAACACACCGUUUCGUCUCAGCAUAGUGGAGUCACGCAUGCUUACCUUUCACUUUCACGAACAUUUCAAUGAAUCAUGCGUACACGCGUGUCACUGGCAGAUACAGUUCCCCAUUAUACGCAAAGAGGAGCCGAAAUGUGACCAACUGCCGAUAACCAAUUCACAAGUGGUUAUACGCGGUCUCAAGCCAUCCGAGCGUUAUCGUGUCAAUUUCUUCAGCUGCAAAACACAAACAUUCUAUGGACAAGUGGACAGGCAAACAUUGCCGGAUCCACCGGGAACGAUCAGCAAUCAACGCGUUAUACGACACAAUGGCUUAAAGUUGCUUUGGGAUCCACCUCUGCAGCCCAACGGCAAAAUUCAUCACUACAACAUACUGUGGACCUUGGGCAAUGUAACACACGAGGUUAACGUUUUGGACUGUACUGCAUGUUCCUUUAAGUUUCCGAAUAUCUCCGAGACGGCGAAAAUCAAUGUAACUGUGCGCGUUGUCGGCGAAACCGGUGUGGGCGCACCGAUUUUCAUUGACUUGCGUAGCAUAAGUCACCAUUCACUGGAGAUUGAAUGCCCUUCCAGCGAAUCGGAGGUCUAUAGCGGCGUUAUUAUCGGCUCACUGCUCUCUGUGGUUUGCGUAGUGGUCUUCGCCUUGCUUAUCAUAUUUCAAAGACGACGCUAUAAGGCGCGCACGCAAGGUCCCACACAUCUUAGCUCGCCAUCAGAGAUGAAUUUCGGUAAUCUGAAUAAUCCCAGUAUACCCAGUGAAAGUGCUGGUGGCCUAAGCGGCAGCACCUUCCAACAGGAUUGUCAUGAAAUGCAGACGUUGAUACCGAAAAGUGGUCGCUAUGUCGACAUACAUGCCGCACGUCCAAAAGAGUACCAAACCACGCAACUACCGAAUGGCAAUGGUAAUGGUAAUGUUGUGCGACGUCAACUCACUGUCGAAGUGGAGCCAAAUCCCAAUGCCACACAGCACGAUUAUGAGUUGGAUGGGCGGGCGAACAUAUCGCAGCUGCCGCUGUGCAGCUCAACGCCCGAAAAGGCACCACCGGAUGGUGCACAUCCCUUCUUCAUACCCUUCAAGCAGACGCCGCCCAAUACCGUGGCCACGGCGCUGCCCAAACAUAGUUCCUCAAGUAAUUAUGCCAACAAUGGCGGUGAUGCUGGCGCGGGUGAUGCAAGCGGUUAUGUCGUGCCGCCCAACACGCUGCCACUCAUGUCAACGCCACCAACUACGCUAGCGCUCGGCGUAGCCGGCCAACAGCGCAGCGGCAGUUUUAGCAGUAACAGCUGUGGCGGUAGCAGUGGUCCUAACGGUAGUCGUAGUAGUAGUAAUAGUAGUAAAAAACAGUUCCAUGCGAAUUAUUCCAAACAUUCCAAAUCGAAUGAUGUGAUCUGUCUGCUCGCGGACGAAGAGGUCGCGGCAACAUUGACGCCCACCAGCGAAGCUGCCGUAGCGGCCGCACUAACAAAUGGUUUUAAGGCAGCAACAGUGGCCAGAACGGCAGCGAGUGCGACAGUGGCAGGCGAUGCGGCUGGUAUAGCAACAACUAAGGCAGGCGCUUGGCAAAAGCCUGCAAUGCUGACCACAACUAUUGCCACCAUGCAUGCGCCCAACCAAAAAAGUACUUCUACAAUUCUAGUUAGUCCCGCCAAUCAGCUGAAACGCGGCGCUUCGGUUAAGCUGAAAAAAUCCACUGCGGACAAUAAUAAGUCGCGCAACAAUUCCAUAGUUCCUGCCUUUGGAUCAAUGGCUGCCACAGCCAAAGCCACUGCUGCAACGGCCGCGUCAGUGAAUCCAUGGUCCACGACAGCGCCGCCGUUUACCGCGGCUGCAACGUCAGCGUCUACAUCGGCGUCGAGCAGUAAUAGCAAUGCUUUUAGUGUGGCGAUCAGCGGCGCGCAUCGUCGUCUCAACGUCGACCCGAACGGUUGAGCGCAUGCGCUAAGUAUAUGUAUACACACACACACACCUACAAAAGCUAAGAAAUUUCAAGUUUCGCGUAAGUAAAC